AUGACGAUGAUGCUCGACAUCGGAACCACCAUCGCCAUCUGGGCUUUGGCGCUGGCCCUGAUCCCGCUCCCCGAUGUCCUCAUCGGAUGGUUCUGCAUGUUCUUUCCCCAGUUCAGGAGCCCCUCCACGCGGAUGGGAGACCUCCACGACUCCAUGGAGUCUACGCGCGAGCUGCUGUGUAGGAACAAGCCUGACUGGAACGACGAACUCGAAGGCGCCGCCGACCCGGGACCGCUACCAGAUUUAGCCAGGGACGUAGAACUUGAAGUCGACCUCGGACCAGUACCCAAGCAAACCUCGAAAACGCGAUGGAAGAUUUUGAGACAGAACACCAACGACCUUGAAAUUCUCGUCAAAGGCGGUGGCUGGGCGCGGUAUUCUGUCAAACAUCUGCGGUUCUGGAGAUCGGACGUGAAGCGGCUUAACAAGGAGUUUGCGGACGUUACGAAGGAACUCGAAACUUUGAAUCAAGACGUAUUCACCCCUUUGGUGCCGAUUCGCCACGAUCACCGCAGUAAGCCGAAACAAAAUGGCGUGCCUGCCUCGCAAGAGGGUCCAGAGUCAAGCCCACUUCUCGGCAGCACGACACUUGACGGACUACCUGCCGCUACCACGGGCACUUCAUGGAGCAUGGAUUUCAAGAACGCACUAUCGACAUUAUUUCAAUUCUUCUGCAGAACCGCCUCUGCAAGCCGCGCUCCAUCAGAGACACACCGUAACCCCCUAGCUGCACCAUAUCCGACAGAUUCGGGCACACCCGCUGCAUUACGGUACAGCCUAUCGUCACCGAGUUUGAGGGGAAAAUUAGCAACACCGCCAGCUGAUGUAGAGCUUGGAUCGCGACACUUGGACUCCAAUGGCAGAUCGGGUGCCAGUGAGACUCCCGUGUUCGACUUCCGACCAGUGCUGGGAAGGUCGGAGAAUCAUCGUGACAGCGUCGCGAGUUUUAAUACCGAUGUCAUGCAUAGUAUACCGCCGGAGGGCCUCUGA